CCUCCGCCCUCCCAGGCCGCGCUCGGCCCUUCCCUCCGUACUCUCUUGUCCCCGCCCAGCCCGGAGCGGUGCGCGCGUGUGGGAAGGACUUAGCAGAGCGGGCGGGAAGACCCCGGGGUCGAGACCCAUCCUUCUCCUCCCGGGCAAGAGGGGGCCUCCUUCCACACCCGGGAGGGGGCUGGCGCCGGGAACUUGUCAACGAGUUUAGUUAACAGGACUUAAGCAUGAAAAGAUGAAAACUGCCACCACAGGCAAAGGAGUUUGCUAGCAAAUGCAGCUGACACAGAGAAAAUGGGUCCAAGAGAUGGAGGGGAAUUGGGAGUUCAAGACAUUUGAGCCUGGAUCAAGCUGUUCCUGAAGCUCAUGAGACCCAUCAGAUUCUCAUGCUAAAAAAUGGCAUUUCAGAAGGCAGUGAAAGGAACUAUUCUUGCUGGAGGAGGUGCUCUUGCCACUGUUCUAGGCCUCUCUCAUUUUGCUCAUUACAAAAGGAAGCAAGUGAACCUGGCCUUCGUUGAAGCAGCAGACUGCGUUUCAGAACCUGUUAACAGGGAGCCUCCUUCCAGAGAAGCUCAGAUACUGACUUUGAAAAACACAUCUGAGUUCGAUGUACUUGUCAUCGGAGGAGGAGCAACAGGAUGUGGCUGUGCCCUGGAUGCGGUCACCAGAGGACUAAAAACAGCCCUUGUUGAAAGAGAUGAUUUCUCAUCGGGGACCAGCAGCAGAAGCACUAAAUUGAUCCAUGGUGGUGUGAGAUAUCUUCAGAAGGCUAUCAUGAAGUUGGAUAUUGAGCAGUACAGGAUGGUAAAAGAAGCCCUUCAUGAGCGUGCCAACCUGCUGGAAAUUGCUCCCCAUUUAUCAGCCCCGUUGCCCAUUAUGCUUCCAAUUUACAAGUGGUGGCAGUUACCAUACUACUGGAUAGGAAUCAAGCUAUAUGAUCUGGUUGCUGGAAGUAAUUGCCUGAAAAGCAGUUAUGUCCUCAGCAAAUCAAGAGCCCUUGAGCAUUUCCCAAUGCUCCAGAAGGACAAACUAGUAGGAGCAAUUGUCUACUAUGAUGGACAACACAACGACGCACGGAUGAACCUUGCCAUUGCUCUCACCGCUGCCAGGUAUGGGGCUGCCACGGCCAAUUACAUGGAGGUCGUGAGUUUGCUCAAGAAGACAGACCCCCAGACAGGAAAAAAGCGCGUGAGCGGUGCACGGUGUAAGGAUGUGCUCACAGGGGAGGAAUUUGAUGUGAGAGCCAAGUGUGUUAUCAAUGCCACGGGACCUUUCACGGACACUGUGCGCAAAAUGGAUGAUAAGGACACCACAGCUAUCUGCCAGCCGAGUGCUGGCGUCCACAUCGUGAUGCCUGGUUACUACAGCCCAGAGAGCAUGGGACUUCUUGACCCAGCGACCAGUGAUGGGAGAGUUAUUUUCUUCUUGCCCUGGCAAAAGAUGACUAUAGCUGGCACUACCGACACUCCAACUGAUGUUACACACCAUCCCAUUCCUUCCGAAGAAGACAUCAACUUCAUUUUGAAUGAAGUGCGUAACUACUUGAGUUGUGACGUUGAAGUGAGAAGAGGGGAUGUCCUGGCUGCAUGGAGCGGUAUUCGCCCCCUUGUGACAGAUCCCAAGUCUGCAGACACCAAGUCCAUCUCCCGAAACCAUGUUGUGGACAUCAGCGAGAGUGGCCUUAUCACUAUAGCAGGUGGAAAGUGGACAACCUAUCGAUCUAUGGCAGAAGAUACCAUAAAUGCCGCAGUCAAGGCACACAAUUUGAAAGCAGGACCAAGUAGAACAGUUGGGCUUUUCCUUCAAGGGGGCAAAGACUGGAGCCCCACACUCUACAUCAGGCUCGUCCAGGACUAUGGACUUGAAAGUGAGGUGGCCCAGCAUCUUGCCGCCACCUAUGGUGAUAAGGCUUUUGAGGUGGCCAAGAUGGCAAGUGUGACGGGAAAACGGUGGCCCAUUGUUGGAGUGCGUCUUGUAUCAGAAUUUCCAUACAUUGAAGCAGAGGUGAAAUAUGGGAUUAAGGAGUAUGCUUGUACUGCCGUGGAUAUGAUUUCGCGUCGUACUCGCCUGGCCUUCCUAAAUGUGCAGGCGGCAGAGGAGGCCCUACCCAGGAUUGUUGAAUUGAUGGGCCGAGAACUGAAUUGGGAUGAUUCUAAAAAAGAGGAAGAACUUGAAACAGCUCGGAAGUUUCUGUAUUAUGAAAUGGGCUAUAAAUCUCGAUCAGAACAGUUAACAGAUCGCUCUGAAAUUAGCCUACUGCCUUCAGACAUUGACAGGUACAAGAAGAGAUUUCAUAAAUUCGAUGCAGACCAGAAAGGCUUUAUUACCAUUGUUGAUGUUCAACGUGUAUUAGAGAGUAUCAAUGUCCAAAUGGAUGAAAAUACGCUACAUGAAAUUCUGAAUGAAGUAGAUUUGAAUAAAAAUGGACAGGUUGAACUCAAUGAAUUUUUGCAGCUGAUGAGUGCUAUUCAAAAAGGAAGGGUGUCUGGAAGCCGGCUCGCUAUACUCAUGAAAACUGCUGAAGAAAACCUCGAUAGAAGAGUUCCCAUCCCUGUGGACCGAAGUUGUGGAGGAUUGUGAGUCUGAGCAGUGAAUCCACAGCCGACAAACAUCAUCAUGUAACAAACCAGAGGGGACUGACACCACUCCAAAACAGUAGACACGGAUAGCUGCCUUGUUUUAACACUGGGAAACAUUCCAAAGCUUUAGAUGUCGAUGUAGACCCUUUAUUGGUAUUUGCCAUUCAGUUUAGCUUCUUAAAAGUGUAUUUUAUCACCUUUUCUCAUUUUCAGUGCACACUGAUUUAAUGUUUUGCUCUCAUUUUGUGAUCUGUUAGACUGGACAUACUCCCUUUUUGUUUAUUCAUUUAUUCUAAGUCAAUUUGAGAGGCAGAAUAUUUUGACAAAAAUCGAAACCAGAAGCUGGAAGCAUUUUGUGAGAUGCACAAAACUCUGGAUAUUAAGCUUGUUGAUAAUAUUUGUUAUUAACAGGAGUGGGACCUAUUAAUAGCAUUUCUGGAGACCUCUCAGCCCCCUUCUUCCUCCAGCUUGUCUGCCUUCUUUAUCCAGACUUUAUAUCUAGAGCAUGACUGGUAAACUGGAGAGGGAAAAAACAGUUUAGAUCUGGUUAUAAGAGCAAGUCUCAAGGAGAAGCUCUGAAAGCUUCCAGAAUCACAGGUAUGAGAUAUGAGGAUAGCAUUGACAUUUGCUGGGAGUUACAGUGAUAGUUUCAUCUCAGCAGUUCAUUUUUCCCCCCUGUCACUGCUGGUUUUUCUUUGACUAUUACAGUUGCCAGGAAGAUCCCUGCUUUUCUUAUUUUAAAACCAGCAUUUAAGUGGCAAGUUGGAUACAGUGGGAUGGGAUUAGAUUUCUCAAAUCUUUACAGUUGUAAUAAAUUUAAGGAUUAAAAACCUAUGUUCAUAUAUCCACAUAUAUAGCACAGUUUUCAAUUCUCAAAUCCUAGAUGUUGGAGCAUGUGAUACCAUUGAACAUGGCCUGUUUUGCUCAGGUUAUUGUAUCAGUUGGAGGGAAUAUUUGUAAACAGAUAGUAAAAGAGAAUAGAAAUAGCCUAUUAGUUAACUUUAAUUAUAAUUAUUUGUAAAAAGGCACACAAUUACAGAGUUCAUGGUCAUUUUAAUUGCUUAAAGCCUUUCUCCUUCUGUACUAAAUGGAAACAUUCUCAACCAAAAAGAAAAAAAAGAAGACCAUCCUUGACACUCACUCACACAUGUCCACCAUCACACACAUACACAGUCACAGAAAGACGAAACAAAAAGAUCAGUCUGCCCAGAAUUUAGCUAAUACAUAAUAUACUGGAUUUAAAGGGCCAGUUUGGCAUGCUUUUGUAAUGCUCUGGUGGCAUUUUAGCCAGUCGUCUGAAUAUGUCUUCUUCGUGCUUCCUCUUGUGAAGUUAACUACCUGCUUCUUUUGAUUUUUAAGAUCAUGUUGUGUAUAAAAUAGGAGAUGUGACCCUUUUUUAAUGUCAGGUUUUCAUUGUGCAGACUUAAUUUUUCAAACUGGUACAUAAAACACUUCCAUGCUGUUAUUUCUAUAUAUGUCAACAUUGUAGAGUAUCUUUAUGUCUUAUUCGAGUUGGGCAUGAGCCUGUCUGUCAUAAUAUACACACUGGAGGUUAACUCACCUAAGCCCCCACCCUCACCUCAGAAACAGAUAAGGUAGCACGGUAACUCAUUUUGCUUUUAAAAUGAAGUUUAGACUUGCCACUUCCUUAAGGAAAACCUAAAACAGAGCAAGUGAGGCUCCCAAGUAUCACUGUGAACUUUUUCUUUUAAGGUGUGAUUUUUUUUUUUUUUUUUUGCACUGGUUUCUUUUCCUUUUUCUUUUUUAAAAUAAUAGACGCAUGUGGUUUUGUAAUUUUGUUUUUCUAUCAAGACAGUAAUUUCACUGUUUAGAGCCCAGCGACCCUUAAUAGAAGAGCUGUCCUUUAAAACAUCAGAGAUGAUGUACCACAGUAUUAUACAUUUGUGCUCUCUCUCUUUCUCUCCAUUUCUAGUUAAAUCAAGAUAACGAUGGCUUGUAUCCCCCCUGAAUCCAUUACAGUAGGGACUGGGCAUAUAACCUGAGUGGCCUGGGCAGGACUGUAUUUGAAAAGAGGCCUUGUUUGUGCACGCUUUGCUUUGAGUGAAGUUCCUUUAAGGACAAAGAAAAGCACACUUUUCUUCCUUUGAGCAUAUCUGCCUUUGCUUAAAAUCUGCUAAUUCUAAAACAUACGCUCCUUCACCAAUCCCAGAGUCUCGUCUUGGAAAUGAGCUGGUUCCAAGUCUUUACUGUGAAUAAAGCACCCACGCAUUUUGUAUAAAGUUCUUAAUUAAACCUGUACAGCUUCUUUACCUGAUUUCAGAAAAGGAGAGAAGAAAUGGGGGGUGGGGUGUAAGUGUGAUUCAAAAUCUAUUCCAAGCGCAAAAGAAUUUUUCAAUUUUUUGUAUAAAUAUGACAUUAGCUGAUUUUGUUGGGCUGGGUGUGGGGUGUGUGGAAACUGUCUCUUGUCAUCAAGUGAUUUGUUUAAAGAGCCUUUAAUGGGAUUCAGGUGAAGGAACCCCCAUCUGUGGUGGAGAGCUGAAUGUUCCCUUCAGUAGCCCUUCGCACAGUCAUAACAAUAGGGAUAAUGCCAGAUUAUUUGUUAAGCCAAGGUUGUCUGCCUCAUUGCCGUCAUGCUGUUUGCAAUAUUCUUGCUUUCAAUCAGUUUAACUUUAGGGUUUCCACUACUAAAUGCAUGCUCCCUAUUCUGCUUUAGUUUCUAGCUUUGUAUUGUCUUUUUCAAAGUAUGUAGUUUGCUCUUUUGUACAACAAAAUUUCAUUAUUUUACUGAACAAAACAUACUGUAAGAAUGAUCUUUGAUCUUAUUUCCCUUUUUUAUGUAUUUGUAAAGAUUUUUGGCAUAUGAAUGUAAUAAUAUUGAAGUCAGUGACACUAAUAACUUGCACUGUUUUGCAUUAUGUCAACCCUUUAUAGGGAGUAAAAAAGCCCUACUGUGCUUUGAAAGAAUAUCAAGUAUAAGCCCAGUUCUGGAGUCGAUAUACACACUGCAUGUUUUCAUAUAUGGCAUUUUUAUGUUUUGUGUUUGAUUAUUGUUCUAGAUUGGACUGUUAAAUACUAUGUUUGAGGCUGGGUUGUCAUUUUUAUAACUGUCUUGGUGUUUUAUCGCCAUUAUUUAUUACUUUUGAUAUACAGAAUGAGCUGCAUGCAUUUAUAGAGCAGUAAGAGGAUGUAUUUAAUGUGCCUUGUUUUUAACUGAAUAAGAACUGAAAGCAUGAAUCAAUAAAGCUGAUUAAAAUGGUCCAUUUACUGGCAUGUUGAUGUACCUUGCAGUCAGAGAAAUAACUUUGAUGACUUGUAGUUUAAAAAAAACUUUGGAAAUAUUUUCACAAACUGUAUUUUUAAUUGCAUUCACACAUUAAUAUUUUCUGCUUGCAAUUUUGUAAUUUUAUCUCAAAAGUGAAUCCCUGCAUAGACUGAUGUAAUUUUAUGAGACUGCCAGAUUUAUUUGUAUUAAUUUGUUGCUGGAGCCUUUAGGGCACGACUUCUGUAUUUGUGCAAUCCUAUUCUAAAAUUACAUGCAUCCUAUUACAACUC